AUGCAUGCUUUCAUGGCGUUCACCUUAGCGAAGUGCACUAACCGCAGCGCCCCCUCUCGUGCGCAGGUGAUCCCCGUGCACUACGACAAGCCCGUGCCGGUGGCCGUGCCCAAGGCCCUGCCGCUGGAGGUGCGGCUGCCCGUGGCCGUGUACAGCAAGCAGCCCGUGCCGGUCGAAGUGGCGGUCACCAAAGCCGUGUACGUGCCCGUGGACCGGCCCUACCCGGUCACCGUGGAGAAGAAGGUGCCCUACACCGUGCACAAGCCCUACCCGGUGACUGUGGAGAAGAAAGUGCCCAUCCCGGUGCCGAAGCCGUUCCCCGUCUACGUCCCAGUUUACAAACACGUGUACCACACCGGCGGCAAAGGCUGGCACGGUUGA